AUGGCUUCCAUUCGUGCCAAUUGCCGCAAAAUUAUGUGUAUCGGCCGUAACUACGCCGAUCACAUCACAGAGCUGAACAACACCAAGCCUAAGCAGCCCUUUUUCUUCCUCAAGCCCUCUUCCUCCAUUCUCGUCCCCGGCGCUGGUCCCGUCCUCCGUCCCAAGGGCGUCAGCGUGCACUACGAGGUCGAAUUGGGCCUGGUCAUUGGCAAGACCGUGCGUGACCUCGACCCCAACGAUGAACAGGGUGCAUUGGAUGCUAUCCAGAGCUACAUCCUCGCUAUCGACAUGACCGGCCGUAACGUGCAGGAGGAAGCCAAGAAGAAGGGCCUUCCGUGGUCCAUCGCCAAGGGCUUCGAUACCUUCCUGCCCAUUUCCCAGGGAAUUGCCAAAUCGCGAAUUCCGAACCCCCAUGAUGCCUUCCUGCGUCUCCGUGUUGGACAAAAUGAGCGCCAGGCGGACUCGACGAGUCUGAUGCUGUACCGGAUUCCCCAACAGCUGGCGCAUAUUUCCAGGGUCAUGACCCUGGAGAAAGGUGAUAUCGUGCUGACGGGAACACCCAAGGGAGUUGGCCAGGUCAAUGCAGGAGAUGUCAUGCGGGCCACCAUCGAGGUGGACGGCAAGGAGAUCGAGGAAGGACGCAUUGAGGUGGAGGUCCAAGAUCGAGAGGGUCCGUAUGAGUUCAAGGAGACUUAG